UGAUGCGUACACACAUUUGCACACACUGUUCUGUGUCACAGAAAGAUUUUUAUAUAACGAUAACGAACCAAUCUUCUCAUAAUUGAAAAUUGCAACGAUCUAAUCUGUUCAUACACAAUGGUUGCCCAUACUGUACUCUUGGAUUUCACAGUGCCAUCAAAUGUAAUAGCAGACAUAGAGAAGCGUUCCAAUUUGAAAGUAGCCAUUGCUAAUGUUCUCAAAGAGCAUUUUGAUGGACUUAAGCCAUUAACUGAACCAAAUCUUGAUGGAAAUCUCUUAGUCCUUUAUGAGGGUCCUAGAGGUAGUCUAAUCACUGUUCGAGGAUAUACCGAAGGCUUGAUCACUGUUAACAUUGAGUAUUAUAAAAAAGACGAUGAAGAUGCACUCUUAAACUUUGAGUUGACCAAAGAAUUGGAGACGGCGUUGCAGGCGGCAGCAGCCUCUACGCGUUCGCACAUGCUUACACCAAUUAAACGCGGUGGACCUUUUGAGAGAUACUUUCCUACCGCCGAUGACAGACUACUUGAAUAUGACAUAGACAAGUUGGUCUUUGAAGCACGUUCACCAUAUCAAAAAGUGCAAAUUGUUCACUCGAAAUCACUAGGAAAUCUGUUGGUCCUCGACGAAUUACAAAAUAUUUCUGAAGCAGAUCUUAUUUAUACUGAAACUUUAAUGCAGCGUGGAAAAGAGGAUUAUGCAGGAAAAGAAAUAGUUAUUUUAGGAGGAGGAGAUGGAGGAUUAUUGUGGGAACUACUUAAGGAGAAACCAAAAUUUGUUACAAUGCUGGAAAUUGAUGAUGUUGUCAUAAAAGCCUGCAGUCAACAUAUGAGAAGCAUAUGUGGAGACUGUCUAGAUAAAAGAAAGGGAGAAAACUAUGAGAUUAUUGUUGGAGAUUGUGCAAAAGCCUUAGCGCACAUGAUUGAGCAAGGCCGACAAUUCGAUUAUGUUUUUGGAGAUCUUACAGAUAUACCAUUCAGUACUUUACCAGAUGGUGAUGCAUGGGAUUUUAUCAGACUUGUUCUAAAUUAUUCAAUGAAAGUCCUAAAGCGGACUGGGAAAUAUAUGACCCAUGCUAAUGGAGUAUCUUGUCCAGAAGCACUAGAAAUGUUCGAGCAAGUCCUCUCACAGCUCUGUGUACCAGUAACCUUUACUAAAGACAGAGCUUUUAUACCUUCUUUCUUCGAGGAGUGGGUUUUUUAUCAAGUAUCGUUUGAAUGAUGGAUUAAUUUUGUAACCCCGAGGUUCCUGGAGAGGCAUGCUCACAACCCAUUUCCUCCCUUAUGACCCAUAUUCAACCUUAAUUGCGGAUGUUUUGCUACCGAAUUGGUCUCUGGAAAAAAAGAUCCCAAUGCUGGACAUAAAAUCCCAAUUGACUCUACCACACUGGCGUCUGUACAUAAAGUAGGUGGUGGUUAUCUGACCUUAUUUAAUUGUUUAGUAACUAAUAAACUAUACAAAGGUGCUCAAUUAUUUUUUCGAAUAACUGUCAAUAAUCAAAGUAAAUCACCCAAUAAUUUAACACAAGUAACUCCAAAGAAAGUAAUUCAAAACCUUUAUUGCUGUACAAAUAUAUACCAAUAAUUAACCCUUUAA